UAAAUAGUAUCACCAAAAGUAUGGCCGACAAGGAAGAUUUUCAAGAGGAGCGCAGACGAAUUUAGGACGUGCUUUGUGAAAUUACUAGAGUUUAGGCAUUGUUCAUUCAUCUAUGACAAAGGAAAUGGAUCUGUCUGUAUGUACAGAAGAAGAUGAAUCGGAGACUAACUACAGAACUGAGAAACCGCAGUGCCGACCCGAGGCAAGGGGGAGGGCGGUGUUUCAGCCUACCUGGGAGAACGGGCAACUUGUUGCAGUUACCAAUACCGUACUUCAAUACACAUACCCGUUGAAGUUACUCCUACCUCAAAAUGUCAGUAAGACAAAGACUUGCCAGUGGCUGUAUGUCAUCACGUAUGGUGGUGGUCUGGUGGCAGGGGACAACAUCCAGCUGGACAUAGAGCUGGCGAAGGAUUGUACAGUUGUGGUCACUACACAGGCUUCUACUAAGGUUUUCCACAGCGUGGACAAUCUGGUGACUUGUCAGACAGUAGGGGCUCAUGUCGGAGCUGGCUCACUUCUGGUGUUCCUCCCCGAUCCUGUGGUGUGUUAUAAGGAUGCAGCAUACAGACAGGAACAGGUUUUCCAUUUGAACCAAGGUUCCAGUUUAGUCCUGUUGGACUGGUACACAUCAGGGAGAAUGGCACGGGGAGAAUGCUGGGAGUUUCAAAGUUACCACAGCACCAACAGUAUCUACCUGGAGGACAAGCUCGUGUUCAGAGAUGUGGUGUGCUUACAGGACACUCCAUUGUUACCUGUGCACCAGGCAAUGGCACAGUACCAUGUGGUGGGCAUGUGUGUUCUUAUUGGUCCUGCCCUGUCAGAUCUCUACAAUAAACUACUGAAGGAACUUGGCAGGAGUAAACCUUAUGGUUACAAGUACACUAAAGAGGUGGUUGUAAGUAUCAGUCCUCUGAGGUUUGAGAGGGAAGGAGAAGAGAUCCAUGGUACAGUGGUCAGAGUCAUGGCUUACACAACCACACAGGUCUUCACUGAGAUGGAGAGAAUUCUACAAGAUCUGUUCCCCCGGCUAGGAGGAAACCCUUUUGCAAACAAAUACUAACAGAUAGUCUGGAUAGACAGACUGAUAGUAAUAAUAUUAAAUACUAACAGAAAAUUUUUGCAAUACAUGUUGUCAACAUGUCAUGAUUUCUACUCAGGGGAGAUGAAUUUAUAGUAGUUUUGUCCAAAUGAUGUCCACAAUGUAAGAAACACUAU